AACCGGCGGUCUUCAGAUGAUCACAUAGCAUGCUUGUUUUGCUUUCAAGAAAUUGAUGGAUUACGCGACACUCUGGUUGCCACUAAGACAGACGUGUGCCCUGGGUCUCGCGCCGGUACUGGCGGAUACCAGGGCAUUAGAGGCUUUGCGUGAGUGGCCACGGUUCCCAGACUCCAAACUAUCUAUUAACGUUAGUGGUGUGCACUUUGAACUAAACGCAUCGAUUGCUGGACAGUAUCCCAACACGUUGCUUGGCUCGGAUGAAAAAGACUACUACUAUGACGAGGAUAACCAGGAGUAUUUUUUUGAUCGUGACCCUGAGUUAUUUCGUUACAUCAUGACAUACUAUCAGAGCGGAACCCUCCAUUUCCCUAAAAACCUGUGCGCUAGCGCAUUCGAAGAGGAACUGAGGUUUUUUGCAAUACUUCCAGAUCACAUGGGCGAUUGUUGUUACGAAGAAUACCUCGAUCAGUGCCGAGAGGUUAAGGAACGUGUGCAAGACAAAUCCCCUUUCGUCCGAUCAGCGUCAAAGCAUGCAACCUCUUUACGUGGACAAUUAAGUGCAGUGUUUGACGAUCCAGACUACAAUGAUGUCGCCCAAGUUGUUUACUACACAACCGGAUUUUUCAUCAUUGUUUCUGUGCUUUCAAAUAUGGCAGAAACCAUCAUUUGUACGGAAAAAGGACAGCCUGAUCAUCCUCAGACCUAUGGCGACAAAUAUACUAACAUAUUUUUCUGUGUUGACACAGCAUGCGUUGUCAUCUUUACAAUCGAGUACAUGGCAAGACUGUAUGCGGCAGAAUCGCGCUGGAAAUACAUCAAGUCGGUUAUGGCUCUGAUUGACCUGGUAGCCAUAUUGCCCUACUAUAUUGCCCUAUUUCUACCGUCAAACAAGAACUUCUCAGGCUCUCUGGUUACGUUGCGGGUGUUUCGUGUGUUUCGGAUAUUUAAGUUCUCUCGUCACAGCCAAGGACUGAGAAUAUUAGGCUGCACGCUCAAGUCGUGUGCACAGGAAUUGGGUUUUCUAUUAUUCAGUCUCACACUGGUUGUGGUAAUUUUUGCCACUGUGAUCUACUAUAUUGAGAAAUUUGACAGUCAAACUCGGUUCCUAAGCAUUCCUGCAUCUGCAUGGUACACCAUCGUAACGAUGACAACAUUAGGUUAUGGUGAUAUGGUGCCCUCAACAAUACUGGGGAAAAUUGUUGGUAGCGUGUGUUCCCUGUGUGGGGUUCUGGUAAUCGCUCUCCCGGUUCCAGUAAUUGUCUCCAACUUUUCAAGAAUCUACCAACAGAAUCAAAGAGCAGAUGGACGAGCAAUGAGGCGGCGCAUACAACUGGAAAACAUGGUGAGGGAACACCAUGAACGUGUAAGGCGUCUUACAGCCCGAAGACUCUCGGAGAGCAGUUCUACUGCAUCUCCAAUCCGGACUUCAUUCGUGAAAGAAGGACGGUUGACCUUAUGAAAAUGCACCCAUAGAGCGCUAACGUGGCUCUUUUCUCGGAUGUGACAGAAAGGAAAAUCCACCACUGUGUUCAUCGUGAUAUUGCUUAUCCCGGAGUAAUAUAUUAUCUGUAGACAACCACUCGUCCAGUUGCCAGAUUAAACGGAAAUUUAUACUCGUAGACCACAAAAUGAAAUACUGCACCGCGUGAUUUUCUGUGUAUGAUAACUUCCAG